AUGCUUGUGUUAUCUCUGCUUUUUAUUGCUAUUUAUAUCUAUGUAUACAUACGAGCAGUACUCGAUGAUGGGCACAGACCGAAUGAUGAUCUGCGCUGGACAGGUCAACGUGCACCCAAUCAGACUUCAGGUUAUGAAAUGUCAACACAGCAUACAGUUCCCGCAUUGCCACUGCAGCCAGCACACACAGUUCAUUUGAAAUCUAAUGAUGUUCGCUAUGACAAUCAGUCCCGAAGUAUUAUUUGUCCUAGUUGCGGAGCAGCAGUGCAAGUAAUUGAACAAUUUUAA